AUGGCUGAUACGAAACAAUACGCUUUCCGAGAAAAACGUGGGCUUAUUAACGGUAUAGGUUCGAUAUGGAAAUCAAUAACCGGAAACUUAGAUUCAUCUGACGGUGAAUAUUUCAAUGAAUGUACAAAUAAGAUAACCCGCGAUGAGUAUCAAAUCGAAAACCUAUUAAAAAAUCAAAUAUCGGUUACCACCUCCGUGAUUAAGAGCUUCAACGCGACCAUCCAAAAAUUACAAAUAGAUGAGGAAACAUUCAACAAUGAUAUUAAAGAAAUUCGAGAAUCAAUAAUGGAUAUAUCUGACCAAUUAAAAUUCUAUCAAUCUCAAAUCGAUAUGCUGAACUUUUGUGAAUUGCUAAUGGAAAGCUAUUCAUUUAUCAAAGAUUCGUUAAAUGAUAUAGUAAAUGCUAUAACUUUUGCUCGAUUAAAAAUAUUACAUAGUUCAAUCAUUACCCCGUUUGAUUUAAUUGAAUCGCUUAGGCAUAUAUCACAAUCAUUACAGAAAAAUAAUCUUCCCCUAUCAAUCUAUACUUCAAAUCUCCCUCAAUAUCUCGAUAUUAUCGAAUUACAGGCCUAUCAAUUAGACACAAGAAUUGUGUUUGUCUUAAAUAUUCCUUUAACUGAUGCAGAACAAUAUACUUUAUAUCGUCUAUAUCCAAUACCAAUAAUGGAUAAUCGAACAGGUUUACAUUCAAUUUUAACAACAACACAUAAAUAUAUUGCGCGAAACGAUGAUUCAUUGUUAUACCUUACAAUAAAUAGUCUUGAGUCAUGCAAAACUCUUCGAGCCAGAACCAAAAUCUGUUACAAUAUACUUCCAUACCCAAUUGACAGCGACGCCGUAUGCGAAGCCCAACUCCUGAAGCGACAAGAACGCCUUCCCAGAACAUGCCAGACUUCCGUAGUAUUUGCUAAAGACUACAACGUUCAGAAGAUCAGCAUGAACCUUUGGCUCAUAACAGUUUCUGACCCACUGCCCAUUACUAUCAAAUGCGAAUCCAGAGAAGUCAAGUCAGAAAUCAUCAAUACCAACCACGUGCCAAACUACAACCCACAUAAGAUUCAUCUUCCCGACUUAAAACCACUAAAGCUUAGCAAGAUCAACACUGAAAACCUCGAAAUAGCCCAUCACAAACUCAAUCAGUAUUCUGAAGAACUCGACAAAUUAAUCAAUGAACCAUUCGUCAAUAAACAUAUAAGCUGGUUCACAAUCCUAACGAUAAUAGUCAUUGUGACUCUCGUCGUUCUUUACAUCUUAUGUAAAUGCAGAUCCAAGAGAAGAUUCAAGAUAGGAAUUGCCAACACCAAUGACAAUGACCAUCCACCUUCUCCACCAAGACACCCAGAGACAGCUUUCGCCAGGAAUUGUAAGAAAAUCCUUCCAAGACGAAGACCCAGUAUCCACCUAAGUGACUCCAUAGACGAAGAGGAGAGGAUCCAACUGAAUACCAACAAACAAACAGUCUGA